UUUUUUGGUAAAAUUUUGUUACGUGUAUUGCAGCAGCAUCGACUAAGCAGCUUUAAAUUUCGCAGUUUGCAUUAAAAGACAGUAAAGAACAUUUAAACAAAGAUACAAUUAGCUGUCAAGAAAUGUCUGAUAACUCAUCGACAAUCGAUCCUUAUGAGAUUGAUGAGCGUCAGGAUGAGCCGGAACUGGUGACUGUAGGAUCGGCAACAUCGAUUAUACCAGCACCAAGCGCUGAGGCACAACCACAGCCAGAGGCUGAGGUAAACGACAACUCGGAGGAAAAUGAGGUGGUGCAUGCACCGUCUUCUAGUUCCUUGCCCCGUGGACCAUCACCAUCAAUUGUUGCCGGAUUGAGUCUGCUUCAAAAUAGACGUCGCCGUCGACGCCGCCAAGUUGAAUCGGUAAUAUCCAAUCGUCGUCAAAUGAUACGCGUACGAGAGCUUCCCCGGAUAAAUUUUCGGCCCUGGAACAGAGCCCAAAUGAGCAUAGCAGCCCAAGCUGGAUAUGAAUAUAGAACUUGGUUAAUUCAAGCGCCCCACGUGCGUGUUAUAAAUGCCCGCACCAGGGACCAAAUCAUACAAGCGAUAUCCAACACAAUACAAUCACAACGAAAUAGGGGGGGCUGGGGAUCGGGUCGUGCGGCUCGGAACAGAGCCAACCAAAAUAUGCGCGUACCUGAAGCACAGAGAAGGCGAAGACCCAGACCAGCAGCCCAAAACACUGCAGCUAAUCGGCAAAGAAAUGGGCCAGAUUCCUCCUCUAGCUAGACAAUCAUUUGAAUUAUGCAUGUUUUAGUUUAGGUUCCUAGAUAAAAUAUUAUAUCAAACCAUAUUUAUAGUUUAUUAGAUAAACUAAAACAAAUACAAGUAUAUAGGUCGUUA